ACGGACGCCUCCCCGGGCCGCGAGGCGCGUCUUCGGCAUGUCCGGCUCGGCGGUGCGUAGUGAACACUCACCCCCGGCCCGGACUCGACCACCAUGGGCGCAGUCUGCUCGACCCUCAUGGCCCGCAGCCCUGAGGCCGAGGCCCUGCCCGACGAGAGAUCCCUCUCAACAGUGGAGAUAUAUUCCCUGGAGGUGACCCUGCCGCACGGCGGCGUGCUCCGCGGCCGCGAGGUGCAGCAGAACGCGGCGCCGCCCUUCCAGGCCUUCCUCGGCGUGCCGUUCGCGCGCCCUCCCCUGGGCCGCCUGCGCUUCCAGCCGCCGCAGCCCGCCGAGCCCUGGGCCGGGGUGCUGCCGGCCGAGCAGGAGAGGCCGCCCCCGCUGCAGAUCGACUACUACCUGAAGAAGGUGGUCGGCUCCGAGGACUGCCUGUACCUCAACGUGUACCGGCCGCCGGGCACCGAGGCCAGCAGUAGGAAGCCCGUGCUGGUGUACUUCCACUACGGCAUGUGGAGCCUCAACAACUCCUCCAUGAACGAGGUGGGGCCGGAACUGUUCGUCGCCAAGGACAUCGUCGUGGUCGUCAUCAACUACAGGCUACUGGCCUUCGGCUUCAUGUCGCUCAACACGCCGCUCGCCCCCGGCAACAUGGGCCUCAAGGACGCGGUGCUCGGCAUGCGCUGGGUGCGCGAGAACAUCGCGGCCUUCGGCGGCGACCCGGAGCGCGUCACCGCGUUCGGCUUCUGCAUCGGCGCGUACAUCGCGCACACCCUGCAGUUCGUCGAGGCGGCCAAGGGCACCUUCCAGCGGAGCAUGAUCUUCAGCGGGGCGAUGAACAACACCUGGUACGGCGCGCUGCCGGGCGAAGUGCUGCGGGAGCGGACCUUGAAGCUCGCCCGCAUCCUGGGCUGUGACGAGAAGGCCAGCGACGAGGAGGUGUUCGAGUUCCUCCAGAGCGUGCCGGCCAUGGAGCUCUUCGGCAAGUCCUGGGACUGCAUGGCCAGCCCGCCGCCCGCCGACCGCGCCAACCCGCCCUUCUUGCCCGUGAUCGACGGGCACUGCGUCGCGAGGCCCGAGGACGCCGUGUUCCCUGCGCACCCUUUCAAGAUGCUCCGCGACGGCAUGCAGGUCUCCCCCGUGCCCACCAUGUUCAGCCUCGCCCGCGACGACGGCCACGUGAUCCGGGGCGAUACGAAGCUCUGGACAGGGAAUCGGGUCGACGAGGACAAACUGGACGACCACUACGCCAAGCUGGACCGCUCGCUCCCGUACGACCUCGACCUGGAGCUGGGGACCCCCGAGCGAGCGGCCGUCACCCGGGAGGUGCGGCAGCUCUACUUCGACAACAAGAGGCACCCCACCAUGCACCAAAUGUACACUUACCUGGGCGACGUCUUCAGCGGCAUGCCCGUGGUGCGGGCGGCCCGCCUCCACGCCGCCCACCCGGCCGCGCCGCCCACCUACCUCAUGAACUUCGCCGUCGAGAGCAGCUUCUUCAACCGCAGCAGGGUCAAGUACGGCAAGUGCAUCGUGCCAGGCCUGGUGGUGCACGCCGACGACAUGUCGUACUACUUCGGGGCGGGCGCCGAGCCCCAGGGCCCGGGGCCGGAGCCCGAGCUGGCGCACGACAGCCUGGAGGCGGUGACCAGGAGACGGAUGAUGGCCUUCCUGUCCAACUUCAUCAAAUACGGUGAUCCCACCCCCGAGGACGAGCCCGAGCCCGAGCUCCGCGGCCUCCGGUGGCCGCGCCUGCCCGCGUCCUCGAGGGCGCCCUACCCGGCCCUGUCCUUCACCGCCCACCCCUCCGUCGAGUGGGAGAUCUACGGGGCGCGGGCGCGCUUCUGGCAGGACGUGUACGAGCGGCACUUCACCGACGGCGACACGGCCGUCUCCAGGGCGCCGCCGAGCUACACCGACCCGGACGAGCGGGAGGACGGCGGCAAGGCCUACUCGAGGGGCAUCUUCGCCUGAAGGAGGAACGCGCAAGAAAAGCGGCGCCACUUCUCCCUCUCCCUCUGUGUGUGUGUGUGUGUGUGUGUGCUGGCGUGUGUGCUUGCGUGUGUGUCACGCGCGCGCGCGCGCGUGUGUGUGUACUGCUUAAUCCGGGCUCGAAUCGAUCCGCUCGAUGGCAUUUCUCUGCUUCGGGACAUAAUAUUGCCCCUUCACCCCGCGCCGCUACUGUGUGGGGGCGAGAGCGCUUUUCAUCUUGAUAAGUAGGCGGCCAGGCCGGCGAAAGCCGAGGGGAAAGCCGAGGCGAAAGCCCUGGCCCUGGCCUUCACCUUGUGUCGCCCUUGCUUUGUCGCGGGUCCACCACACCGCACAAUCUGUCUGUUUUCCCCUUAAUGUUUUACGUGUGACGUAAGUGUGUGACGUUACAUUAGAAAGUGAACUAUUUUUUGACCUUGUACGCCACAAGUUGAUGCUUUGUUUGAACUUGAACCGAACUGCCGAAAUCGGAGUGCUAUCGUUUCGAUAUCGCCAUCCCUCACUGGGACGAGAAGGUUGCAUAUGGGUACCCCUCUCGCGGGGAGGGUGGAGAAGUGGCGGGCUCAAAGCUCGCAGGACAGCCGAAUGGUCUGUUCUGUUCUUUCACCGGCGUUAUUAGGGUUCGGAGAGCAGACAAAACAAAGUCAUGUGCAGCGUGCGGCCGGGUGGCGCGAGGCGGGGGCGAUAACGGAGAUAAGAAAGUCUGCCGCGGUAGUUUUGGGUAGUUUUGUGUCGUUAGAGAAGGAAAUGGGAAGGAGCGCCGUGUAAUGAGAUGCAAAGUGACACCCUCUACCUCCUCAGCCCCACCAACGGAAUCUCGUUCAUAAAAUGUGUCAAAGAUAGAGAUUGUCUCACUCUGAACAGAAUUGUGUAUACUGCGCGUGAGGACAAAAGAAAAGAAAAAUCUGGAAUUUUGUGA